AUGCCAGGCGCCGGCGACGCACCACCCAUUCUCGAUUUUUCAAAAUUCUACCAUAGCGAUACUGCAUCAAGAAGCAAGCUCGUGGAGGAGGUGAAGAAUUGUUGUUUACACAAUGGCUUCUUCCAAAUCACAGGGCACAAAGUGCCAGUCGAGUUGCAAAAGAAGAUGAUGGAUUGGAACAAGAAGUUUUUCAAUCUGCCGUUAGAAGAGAAGAAUAAAGUGAACAAAGACACAACCAACACAUGGAACCGAGGCUACGAGCUCAUGAAGUCUCAGAUCCUCGAAGAAGGCACCUCCCCCGAACUAAAAGAAGGCUUCUACAUCGGCGACGAAAUCUCAACAUCACACCCCUACUUCGUCAAUAAGAAGCUCAACUCAGGACCAAACAUGUGGCCUUCACCCUCCUCUCUCCCCGACGUAGACGACUUCAAAGCCAUAGCGCUUGAAUACUAUAGCCAAGUCGUACAGCUCGCGAAAGAUAUCCUAAAAGUACUAGCACUCACCCUCGACCUCCCAGAAGACUACUUCGACGAAUACGCCAGCGGCGCCGUAGCAACAAUGCGCCUCCUGCACUACCCGUCGCAGCCCCCUGAUAGCCCCGCUAAGCUCACUCGCGGCAUCGGCGCGCACACAGACUUCGGCUGCAUUACCAUCCUCCUGCAAGACACCGUCUCCGGCCUGCAGGUCUACGAUUACACGACCAAAGAGUGGCUGGACGUGACGCCCACGCCAGGCGCCUUUGUCGUGAACCUCGGGAACCUGAUGAUGCGGUGGAGCAACGACCGGUACAUAUCCAAUUUACAUCGUGUUAUCAAUGUUAGUGGGGAGGAGAGGUAUAGUAUUCCCGUGUUCUUUUCUGGAAAUCCGGACUAUGUGGUUGAGUGUUUGCCGAAUUGUAAGGCGGAGGGGGAACAGGCGAAGUGGAAGCCGAUUACGGUGGAGCAGGCGAUUAAGGAGGGAUACGCAGACUCUUAUGGGAGGGCGGAGAGGUGGAAGAGGGAAGAGGAGGAGAGGAAGAAGGGGGAGGUGUUGGUAAGGAGUGAGGAGGUUGCUGUUGCUUAG